UUCAUUCUAAUCGCGAGCCCUACCAGGAAAGAAGCCUCAGUUGACAGCGGUGUUCGGGUGCCGCAUAUAUUUCCAGAUUGUAGACAGAUGUCAACUAAGAGUAACAACAGAUUUAAACGAGACGUGUUUUACUCUUUGCGACACUUGGGACGCACGCACACCGAACAGUAAAACGGUGAUAUGUGGUAGCAGGCAGCACUAUGCCAUACGUGGACAGGCAGAACCGUGUGUGUGGCUUCCUGGAUAUUGAGGAGAAGGAGGGCAGCAGUCGCUUCCAGAGACGCUACUUCAUACUGGACACACAGGGCAACACACUGCAGUGGUACAUGGACAACCCCCAGCAGAGACAUUCAAUCCCCUCCUGGAUCAAGAUCCCUGUUGCCUCAAUUGUGUUGUGCGUCCCCUCAAAAGUAUAUAUCCAGAACCUGCCUAGUGGAGCGAACGCAGUUGGGAUUCUGCAGCUGACAUACAUCUCCAAGGUGAGCGAGGCCACUGGGAAACAGAAGUCCAAGACUGAGUUCUGCUUUGUGAUCAAUGCAGUGUCUCGGCGUUAUUUCCUCCAUGCCAACGAUGCUGCUGACCUGAAAGACUGGGUCCUCGUUCUGAACAAAGCUACCAAGAUCACUGUCCCUAAAGCAGGGCCUCUCCAGCCCAGAUCAGAGGUUUCUACAGUAACCGGUGAAGCAGGGGGUAAGAGGCUGGCCUACAAGACUGAGAUCAUCGGGGGAGUGGUGGUGCACACACCCAUCUACCAGAAUGAGGGGGGGGAAAUGGAAGUAGGGGACAGGAGGGUCUCCUCUGUAGGCAGUAGACCAGGCGUACUGAGGUGUGGCUAUUGUGUCAAACAGGGUAACAUGAGGAAAAGCUGGAAGAGACGUUUCUUCACACUGGACCACAACGCUGUCAGUUACUACAAGUGUGAGAUGGAUAAGGAGCCUCUGAGAACUGUUCCUCUGAGAGACAUUCAGAAGGUCCAUGAGUGUCUGGUGAAAUCUGGGGACCUGCUGAUGAGAGAUAACCUGUUUGAAAUCAUCACCAGCUCCAGGGUCUUCUACGUCCAGACAGACACUCCAGAGGACAUGCAGGGCUGGAUCAGAGACAUUGAGUUGAAGAUACAGGAUUUCAGAGGCCCUGCCAAGGGUUCUGCAUUUACGUUUGCCUCCUCACUGUAUCGCCAUGGUAACUCCUCCCACCCACCCUCUGUGUUCCGUGGUCGCCAGGGAGAUGACAGGAGACCCCCACUAGUGAAGUCGUGUUCCGUGGCCCCAGGGUGGCAGCCCUGGACCCCCGUACCCCAAAGAGAGGCUCCCGCUCUGGGCACACUGGACAAGGACAGUCACUUUAGCAAUCUGCCCUCCAGUCUUUCCUCUCGCUCCACCUCUUCCUCCACCUCCACCUCCUCAUCUUCAUCCUCCCCCUCCACUCCCACUCUCAUCCCACAGGGGGUCCCAGCUCCAGCCCUAGCCAGUGGUGUGGGGGUCCCAGCCUGCCCUGGCCCCAUAGCUCCAGACCCCUCCAGCAGCCGGAGGAGACACCGCUCUCAGCCUCAGCCCCCCAAAGACCGCAGCUUCCCUUUCAGCCUGGACGAUGAUGGCAUCCGCACCACCGACGUCUAGAACCAACCACUUCUAGAAUCAACAAAACUCUGGAUCCAACAAUAUAUAGAACCACCAUCGAGAACCAAUGUGUAGACAGACAAGCAAUGACACUCGUUUGAGUGCUUUCUACCAUUGAAAGACAACCUCCCUCCCCCACCCCCUUCUCCUCUGCUCUAAGAGUUUCACAGGCCUGCUGCUGAAGCUACGUCUGCUGUGGGUCUGUUUGCUGAGGUAGCCCUGGUGGGGGAGGGUAGUGAUGUAAACUGGGGUUCCUGGAUGCGUUCUCUCACUGAGGGGUGUGUCAGUAGUGGCUGUGGGCUUUUGGUAUAGAGGGUGACUCAGAGAGAGCAGUCUUGGGCAGACUGGGAGGGGUUAUCAGUAUUAGAGUGUCUGGUGGAAUGUGAAGGAUAUGUUAUUUUAUUGUACGAUUUCCUCUUUAAACUUGAAUGUAGUCCACCCAGGUACUGAGAUGAAGGAAGGUGGAUGCUGUGGUGGAGCCUGGUCUGUCUACCGAACACUCUCCACUAGUCUAAGUCAGCUGGUCUUUUGCUUGUAUUAACCAAGGCUACAUCCCAAUUGGUACCCAUUAUGCGUCCUGGUCAAAAGUAGUACACUAUAUAAUGAAUAUGGUGCCACUGCCAAUUGGGACCAAACCCAAGGGUCCCAUUCAAUCAAUACCCUGGUCAUGGAACAUGUUAGUGUCCGUGGCUCUGCCUGUAGACAGUCCUGUUCCCUUGUUAGAUUGCAUCCAAUUGCGUCAAAUCGCUGCAUCAGCAGCACAUUUUGUAUAUACGCUUUUAGCGUAUUUCUGCACGUUGUUCCACAAGCCUGGAUUCUCUUGCUCAAAUGCAAAUUAUCUACUAUGGUAUUGUGUCAUGUCACAUGUUGUGUUUUGCCUGCCUGCACCUCACCGACCCAGGUCCAUGUGUGCUUUUCCCUUCUCUUGAAACUUAACCUGUCAUGUUUCUGAUUCUUUACAUAGACUCCUGUCACAAACAUGAAUAUCUACUGUGUGUGUGUGUGUGUGUGUGUGUGUGUGUGUGUGUGUGUGUGUGUGUGUGUGUGUGUGUGUGUGUGUGUGUGUGUGUGUGUGUGUGUGUGUGUGUCAGACAUCGGUUCAAAUACUAUUUAAUGUAUUUGAAUUAAUUUUCAAUACAUUUGAAACAUGUAUUCAGAUAACCUUUAUUUGAAAAUAUUCAUGUAGUUGAAUAUUGGAAUAUUCAAGUAGUUGAAUAUUGGAAUGUAUUUGGACUUACACUUGGAAAAUAUUUGAAAAUACUCAAAUACACUCCCAUACAUUUAACCCAGUUAUUUGAAAUAAGUAUUUGAAUAUACUUUUAAAAUACAAUUUGGUCGACUAUUUGUUUUUUGUUUUGACAAAUAACUCAAAUAAAAGUACCUGUUUUGGGCUGUGUAUUUGAAAACACUGAAAAAAGUAUUUAAAUAACAAAUGCUCAAAUACACAUGUAUUUGAACCCAGAGUGUGUGUGUAUCUGUGUGUUGAGUUUAUCAUGGUUGACUGGCUGGUCAAACAUAUUAGAGAGAGGAUAAUGUUUGUUUUUAAGUUAAGGCAUCUUUGAUUUCUGUAUAUGCUCUUUUAGCAUUUUGCAGUACUGUAAUUCCGGAAAGAGAAAGGUUAAAUGCUCAUGUCUGCUAUUUCUAAUGCAAUUUCAUUUAUUUUGCUCUUCUGGUUACUGUUUUUUCUGAUUAAUUCCUGUGGUACAGUAUUUCAGAUGUAAUGGACUGCCUUCUACCUCGUACCUGGUGUCCACUCACCUACCUGAUCAUAAUGGUGUUGUUGUUUUUUUACUUAUAAGCAAGUGCAUUAAAUAAUAAGACAAAAGCUUUUUA